CUGAAAACGUCACAUAUAUCAAUGUUAAUAAACUUUGGCUAUAAGGAUUGAUACGAUCAUAACUAUGAUCCGGUUUAUAUUUUCAAGAAAACAAGAAUCCUUUAUUUUUGUCGUUAUUGUGUUGUUUCUGAACACAUGUGCUAAAAAUCUUUCCAAAGGGAAAUGUCAGUUGGCAGUACAAGAAGCACUUUCGAUGGGAUUAAGCUUUCCACAGCCUGAAAAAUUACCAAUAUUUCUGUAUCCAAAUAGUCAAAGUGAACAACGACACCAGCAGAAUACACAAGAUCCACAUUUGCCACAAGAUAAUAAUCACAAUAGCAAUUCUAUCACUGCAACAACAUUAGAUGAAAAUUCAAGAAAUGCUAAAGAAUCUUUAUAUUUAUGGCUUUCUGAGACACAACUUAAUCAAUUGUUAGAGUAUAACUUUCUGGAUGUAUAUCGUGCUCAUGCUGGUCAAGGAAGAAGUAUAUCUGAUUUAACUUGGGAUGCUAAUCAUUCACAAUCAUUUCAUCAGAGUUUAUGUUUUUGGUUGGAUACAAGUUUACCAAAGCAUACAUGUUGUACAUUUCAAAUGGAAUUGGGAUUGUUACAGAAAACUACCGAAGAAUUACAUCAGAGUUUAUCAAAUUAUUUAGGACGAUGGCGUAAAGAACUGGCAAAAUUAAGAAUUACUUUACGAGAUCAAUUAAUUGAAAGUUUUGAAAUAUUGAAAAUCAAAUUAAAUCAAACAGUGUGUUCAUAUGAAUUAAUUGAACUAAGAAGCAUUCAUCAUUCCGAAGAGAAUUCUUCAAAUCGUACAUGGAAUUGUUGGUAUCAUGUAAUGGAAUUGAUAUCGAAAUUGCGUUUAAUUUUGGAACAGUCGUUCAUAGCACAAGAUGAUAUUAUUUUAGAUUUAAUGUUUCCAGUUGAUAAUUUACUGAUGCAAUCUUUAUUGGAGACAUCGUGUCAAUCGCAUAUUACAGAUACAAAAAAUAUACAAGCUGAACAAUUAGAUGAAGAAAUAAAAUGUCAUGAAUAUUGUCAAGCACGGGUAAAUUUAAUUUUCGAUUCUCUCACUGGUCAUUCAGAUUUACCAUCUUUAACUAGAAAAUCAAGAAAUUUAUUUGUGAAUAAAGCAAAUCGUCAUUCAUCAUCAUCAUCAUCAUUAUCCAAUAAAGCAGAUGGUGAAAGACGAUUACUAAAAAGUAAGAAUGUAAAAUCUUCAAAUAAAAAUCACAACAACAUUCAUCAUCAUCAGCAGCAGCAGCACAAUGAUCAUGUCAGUCAAAUCAAUAAUUUUCUCAUUGAAGCUGAACAGUACCGUAUACUGUAUAAACCAGAAUUAGUGUUCACAUUCAGAUUAAAUCGUAAACUAAUUCAAUCAUUGGAACUCGGUGAAUCAUUAAUUGAUGGAUUGAAAAAUUUCAAUAUUGCACAAGGGUCAUGUAUGCAAAAGUUGAUGCGUAUGCAUCAUUGUGCUUUAUGCGCUGGUGAAACUUUAUCAAGACCAUGUCCUGGGUUGUGUUUAAAAAUUUUAUUGAAUUGUCUAGGACCACUUAGUCAACUUAAUCCACAUUGGCAUCGUUUCACAGAAACUAUCAAAAGUGUUGCUGAUAUAUUUUUGGAAAAACCACAUUUAAGAUUAGAAAGUCAACUGGAUGACUUUCCAGAACAUCUUGUAAAUUAUUAUUAUCAAUUAUUGCAUACAUAUCAUAAUUGGCUACAACCGCAGUGUUCUGGAAUAAAAAAGCUGUACAGUGUGUUCAGCCAACUUAGAAAUAAUUCAAAAAUUUUAUUCCACUCAAUGAAGAAAAAUAAUACAAAACGUCUAAAGCAUCACAAGAAGAUUUUUGAGCAAAUGAAAACAACUAUGAAUGAAAUUACAAACAUAUGGUCACGUUCAAGUACAACGUUAUGCUUAGAAUCACCUUAUCUCGCUUUGCUCAAUGGAAGACAUGAUCAAUGCUGGAAUGGAACGACCAUUGCAAGUUUCAAUGAAGAGAAAUGUACAUUUUGUCAACAUGAACCAAAACCACAAAAAACCUUUCCCACAGGUUCACCCAAUGAAAUUAAUAACAAUGAGAAAUUCACAUCAAGUCGAAAACAACGAACAUCAUUUAUACCAACUAAUGACAGAGAACAACAAAAUGUCAAUGACACUGAUGAUCUAUUGUCAGCUUCAAUUGCAUCAACCAAUUAUCUGUUGAAUAAUCCAUCAUGGAAUUCUCCACUGCAACAUGAUAAAGAAUUAGCUUUUCGACGUGCUAACGAAAUUCUAGUCAGAGCAUCGAGAGAUCUGGAAUGGUCUGUGAAAACACUAUUAACUGAAACCAAUUAUUAUCAUUCUAUGAAUCAGAAGUCUCCUACAAAUCAAGAUGGGUCAAAACAAUUCGAAACUGGAAAAACAUCAUCCAAUUUUCCUGCAGAUACGAGUAAUUCAUUGGGCGUGCUCGCUUAUGGAUCAAUACUGAGCUGGAAUGCACAAGAUGAAGGAGAAGAAGUGGAAGAACCAGAAGGAAAACUUAUGGAUUCUAAAAGCCACAAUCCAUCGACGCAAGAUUUCUUUUCAAAACCAGUACAAACGACAAUGAAUCAAGGAAUCUCAAAGAAAAAGAAUUCAAUCGACAAGUCACAAUCAACAAGACCAUUGGAUAGAAAUUCAAAUCUUGGUUCUGGUUUUAUUCCAGGUUGGCCAUUAUAUGCAUGGACUCCAAUUAGUUCACCUACACAUGAACGUUCAUAUGAAAAGCCAGUAGAUAAUAAUUUUACUCAACAAGAAAUAAAUUAUGACGGAAGUGGUUUUCAUGAUUCCAGGGGUUCAGAUGAUUUUGUUUAUUCACAAAUGUUCCCUUUUGUUAAUAUGAAUUCACAAGGAUUGAAUAUAUCGAUUAUGGGAUCAGAUGAUAAAUUUUUACGGAAUCAUAAUUUAUCUAAUUCAAAUUUUCCGCACCAUGUGGAUAAUUUUUCAAGGACAAAGAGUCAAAAUACAAAAAACACUGCAAUAACCAACCUAACUGAUUUAAAUAAAGUUCAAGAUUCAAAUUCAAUUAAAAAUGUAGCUGUGCCCAUUGACCUUGAAAGCAAACAAUAUCGCAUUCUAAUUAUUAGGAUAUUUGUGAUGAUUUGGAUUUGUUCAUUGGUUAUAUGAUUUGAUAAAAAUUGAAAUGGUUAGUUCUUUCAUUUAAUUGCCUUCUUGUCGGCUAUAUACAAUCAUGAAUAUAUAUACAUCCGCACACACAUCCACUCACGUGAACUAAUUCACAUGCCCUGCAUUGUCAUUUUACGUUGUGUUUUGCUUGAAGAAGUUUACUGCAAACAAUGUACAGAGAUUUGUAUGUUUCUCUUGUAAGAUUUUUUUACUGGUGUAGUUCACUUAUUUUAUUCUUUAUUCAUUCAUCAAUCUACUUGUCAGUGACUUUCGGUGUUACACAACUAGAUCAAUGACAACACAUAAUAACUAACUUGGAAUAUUUUAAAAUUCUUACAAUAAAUUGAUAAUCAGCGUUGGUUCGUAGUGAAAUUACAUAUUUCGUUGGCACAGCUGAUGUUUGUCACUGAUUUUUAAUGAUUCCUCUGUUUAUUUGUUAUUUUUCCUUUUUUUCAUUGAUAACUUACAACACAUCUGAACGCUUUAUUCAUUGAUAUUUCAGUCGUGUAGCACAAUGUCUAUAUCUGUCACUGGAAAGUGCAAGUGCCAUCUAAUACAAAGUCUAUUGCAGAGAUCAAUGCCUGACAUGUUAUAAUAUCAAAUAGUGACUUGGAAAUAGGAACUUGAUUAUUCAUUGGUUAUUGUAACAUUUUACUUAGCAUUUCUUUUUAUUUUCAAAAUUCUAGAAAAUUUCUUUCUUGCAGAUAACUUUUAUUUAAAAAGUGGAAAGAAAACGCCAACUACAUUUCAUUAUAAAUAAUCAUUGUGUAUUUAUUCAUUCAAUUCAAUCACGUUCAUGCAUCCACUGUACUGUGAUUUGCUAUCGAUUUAUAGUAAGUGCUCAGUUAAUAAAUAUGAAUCAUUAUGGAAUGUUGCUAUGAUUCGGUGUAGUUUAUAUGUGGUACCGAUUUAAAUCAAUAAUGAAAUGGAAAUGAAUCCAUAAGAGAAUAGGUAUGAUAUCAUUCCGUUGUUACUCUGGUCUAUGUAUAACAUACAAUUACGUCAUUCGAAACACAUGCAUAAAUCUUCAAUCAUAAUUAUUCAGUGAAUAUAGAUUGAUAGAGAAUAAUAAACACACUAAAUAUACUCUAUCUUUACUUGUUGUUUUAAUUUCUUUUUCAUGUUGUUGUCCUCUUAUUUCCUUGAUAUUUUUCUGCUCUUUUAAAAGUAAUGUCACUUCAUAUUUUGGCUCAUAAUCAGAGAGAAAUCAAAUAAAUUUUGAAUGCAAUCCUGC